AUGCUCUAUCCCAAAUUCGUAAAUCAUUCCAUCCACGCUAACACUGCUCGAGCUAUCUUAAAUAACAUCGUUUUUGGUGAGAGACGAUGUUUAGGUGGUUUAUUGGCCUAUUUGGGUUGUGAGAUCGCAUUGACCAAAUUCAGUCACAACGCAACCCUUCAGUCCAAUAUCAGUGUGUUUAUUGCGUUUGCUCCUGCCGCUUACCUUGGCCGCACAAGAAGUCCACUUCGGUUUCUUGCACCGCUAGAAUGGUAUACGGGAGGCCUAUUGCGCUUGUUUAAUCACGGAGAAUUCUUACCGGAAAAGAGUUUAUUAACAAUUUUUGGCAAGGAACUCUGUACCAAAGGUCGUGCACCAAUUCUAUGUGAAAACAUCCUCUAUCUCGUCACGGGUUACGGUGCUGGAAAUACAAAUGUGAGUCGCUUACCCGUCUAUUACACACACGCUUCCCCUGGGACAUCAACCAAAAAUAUACAGCACUACGGCCAGAGCAUCGUCAGCGGCAAAUUUCAGCGCUUUGAUUAUGGGAUCUUGAAAAAUUUGCUGAUCUAUGGUCAAAUACAUCCUCCGGAAUACGAUUUGUCUAAGAUCACUGUACCCACAGCGAUUUUCUAUGGUGGCAAUGAUUCACUGGUAGUGGAGGAAGACAUCAAUCAGCUUGCGUUAGAGAUCAACAAGACACUAAUUGGAAAGUAUUUGCUGACACAUUACCAACACCUUGAUUUUAUUUGGGGUUUGGACGCUGGAUAUGUGUUGUAUCCAUCGGUGCUUGAUAUCCUACAGCUGUAUUGA